AUGUCAAUUAGAAGAUCAAUAAUUCAAAAAAAAGACUUAAGAAAUGACUUCAAAAAGCAGGAAUAAAAUCUACCAGAUUUAUCAGAUAAGUUUAGAAAGGUAUUUGAAAUUUGUGGGGAUGAAAUUAUUUCAUGUCUUACUAAAAAAGAAUAAAUUUAAUUGCGAUCAGUUUGUAGAAUUUCAUUUUAUAUGGUAUAAAGUUAUUAAGUAUGGAAUAUGAUGAUUUUUGAUAGUGAUUAAAUUAGCCAAGCCACAACAAAUGAUUCAAAUAUGAAGGAAAGCUUUUUAAAAAACUCUUUUUAUUCAAAAGUUGGAAAAUCAAGACCAUCUACUUAAGAAACAGUUUAAAAAGAAUAAUGGUUGAUUAAACCCGCGAAUUAUAAUCCACCUUAAAAAAAGUUAAUAUUUUUAAAAAAUAAAAACAAGAUUGAAGACAAUAUCCUUUCGGAUGAAGAUCUCAAAUAAACUAUCACAGUUUGGACUCUUAAUUUAAAUAGUCUUGAAAAAUAGAUAAAUCUUGCAAAAAAUCAAACUGACAGUUUUAUUUAGGAAAUUACAUUGUGGACAGAUCAUAUUAAUUUAUUAUAAGAAUUUUAAAAAGAGUAUCAACUUGAGCAUGUUGGAAAGAUACUAUAAAUAUUAAAAUAGAAAUCCAUUUUAGAUGUAGGUUUGGAAAGGAAAAGAAGAAUAUUAUAAGAUAUCCUUAAUUCAUUAUUAAAUGAUUUUGCAUUAAAGAAGCAAUAUUCAAUUGAUAUUCAGUCGUUAAAACCUGUUUGCUAAAGUUUGUUGCAGGUUAAGUUGGCAGACUUCUAUUAAGAGAUUCCAAAUCAAUUAUGGUCUAAAAUAGAUUAAAUUUAAAAUCGCUUUGAUAAAAUUUUUAAUAUAAGAAAGGAGUUCUUCUUUAUGAAAUUAUUUUAGAUAACCUAAAAAAUAUUCUCGAUCAAUUUAAGUUGGAUAGUUGGUUUUUCAAACUAUGAAUUGACUCUUAAUUUGUUAGAUCUCAUUGGUAAUUGUUUUGUUUUCUAUCAUAAGAUAUAAAGACACUCUUUUGGGGAGAAGAAGUUUAAUUAAAAUUAACCUCAACAUUCUUAAAAUGAACUUUAUUUUUAGAACUAUAAAAAGUCUAUCGAUGACAUCAUGAAAAUGCUCAAACUUAAUAAAAAGCUUUAUGACAACUAAAAGGAAAAUCUCUAAGUCUAAGCCCUGUUACAAGGUUAUAAAUAAUAAACUUUUGAUUAGUUUCAAGAAAAGCAAUAAUGGGCAUAGAUUUAUAAAACAUGGAAAGAGAAGUAUUAAAACAUUAAGAAAUAACCUUAAGGUGAACCAGAAUCAUAAGAAGGGAUUAGUUUCGGAUUUUUUUAGACUAAAAUGAGUUGGAGUAUAUAAUGA